UGCACAGCUUUGCACAGUUCGUGCUGAAGGCCUGUUUCCUAGGCUACAAACGGGGGACUUGUUCCUUAUUAACGCCUAGGGGAAAGUCCCCGGACCGUGGGCAGAGAGUGCCACGUGCUAUGCGCACGUAGACCUUCCCUGUGUUUCACUGUAAAGUCCGCCAAGAAGCGACCCCCCCACCGUGUACGGCGGGGGAGCUGAGCGGCGUGUUGCAGGGGUGUGUCCUCAGUCAGCUCUCCUAGUUACGCAGGCAGUGCGUUUGUGCGCACCAACCACACGGGGCUCAUUCUCAGUGCGGCUGUAGUUUUGGUAUAUGCCACAGACAUUUAGACUUUAGCUGGGACGCGUGGGGAUCACCCUGGCAUCGUCUAAGCCCCUCGGCAGGGCUCCUGCAGCCAUUGAAACACCUCUUCCUCGUGUGGCUUAACACACUAAACAAAAAAUUUUUAACACAGGGAGACAGCGCACGAGCAGGGGAAUGGCAAGAGAGAAGAGAGAGAAAAUCCCAAGCAGACUCCCUUCGGUCAGCGGAGAGCCUGAGGCUCGAACCCAUAAACCUGACUCUGCCACCACCAGUAUUGGAGAUGCUGAGCUGUGGGGGCCAGGCCCAGGGAGGGGUGAGAGUGAAGGGGCCUGCAGCGGCUAUCAGGUCAUAAACCAGGCUGACCCUUCGGCACAGGACUUGCAGACUUGGCUCCCACAUCAGCAGUCAUGAGGAGCAGAUGUGACAAUUACACUUCGGAUCAGCUAGUGCCCGGAAUCCCCUCCAUUGCCCAGGCCUGGGGACUAUGGGCCCUCUUAGGGGCUGCGAUGCUGCUGCUUCUCAUCUCACUGGCUGUGCACUUGUUCCGAUGGACUAGUGGCCGAAGCCAGAGCCACCCAGGACAGAGACGCCCUGGAGGGUCUGUGGAAGAGGUCCCUCUGUAUGGGAACCUGCAUUAUCUUCAGACUGGUCGGCUGUCUCAGGAACCAGGGCCAGAUCAGCAGGAUCCAACGCCUAGAGGCCCCAGCACGGCUGCAGAGGAAGUGAUGUGCUAUACCAGCCUGCAGUUGCGGCCUUCUCAGGGCCGUAUCCCCAGCCCUGGAACCCCCAUCAAGUACUCAGAGGUGGUGCUGGAUUCUGAGCCAAAGCCCCAGGCCUCAGGCCCUGAGCCUGAGCUCUACGCCUCAGUGUGUGCCCAGACCCGCAGAGCGCGGGCUUCCUUCCCAGACCAGGCUUAUGCCAAUAGCCAGCCUGCACCCAGCUGAGAUGGAGGGCCUGGCAGAGUGGGGCAAGCAUCGCCCCAGCCUCCAUUAGCCUACUGCUACCCUGUCCCUGGAAUGACUGUUUCCCAGCCGCCCCCCACCCCCACCCAAGACAUGCAGCCAUUGCCCAGUCACAGGAGGUAACGUUCCCCAAACUUCCUAUCUGAGCUAUGAGGGAGACAUCUCAGGGGAACAGUAAGUAGGUCCCCAGUUUCUUGGGAAGGGAGGAAACAAAGGCAGUGGCCCCCUCUCCAUCCACCUCCCCCCAUCUAUUACUCUAAGGCCCCAAGCUCCUAGGUUCUCACUUCCUCCUCCUUGUGGAUUUUAACCAGAUCCUCUCCACUCCUGCUCCUUUAAAGUCUACCCCUAACACUUCAGUGUUCCCUCAGACACAGGAAGUGGGCAGUGGUGGAAAGGGGAACAGCCUGAGAGGACAAGGAUGGGUAUACUCCUCAGGAGCCCAUAGUCUGGAGGGAUCCUGGAAUCUAGUGACCUGAGGAACCCAAGCCUGGCUUCUUAUCUGAGAACACUGGCAGGAGAAUACCAGUCCACAUCCUGCUGCCUCUGUUGUGUCCCCAAGUUUUCAAAUAAAACUUCUACGUCUCAGAAAGUGUUUAGAUUUUUAUCUAGAGAGCUACAGACCUGCAACAGGCCCCACAUUGUAGGGGUGUGAGCUUUGCUGUCUGCACAGAGCACUUACGGGGGCACCUAGUUGGGGAAGAUGGACCAAGAGGGUCGGUGGCAUCAACAGUGCCAAGGGUGGGUGCUGGGGUGGAGGCAAGAGCCCUGCUCCUCAAGCUGCUGCUAGAACAUUGCCAGGAUGUGCAGUCACCCCACUCCCAUCACCUGGAGCUCACCAGCCCCCAACCUACUCUCCCCAUGGCCUCUAUGACUGCGUUGCCACCAGCCACAACCUCAGGUCUACCACAACCCAUCUUCCUACGGCCUCUGUAGAGGCAAGUGUGGCUUGACAGACCUUUCGGAGGUUUCACGGGUAGAAGACAGUGGAAGCCGAGGCUUCUACUUCUGAAAUUCUCUCAUUCCCACUCACAGUCUCGGAGAAAAGCAGAGGAGGGAACGGUGCGCCUGAGCCCAGCCUGGUGAUCCCAAUGAGAUGGGGGACCCUCUGCACACACACAGAAUAACCCAAAUGCCCCGGGGUUUCUGGACCUCUGAGGACCCCAACAUGGACCUCCCCCAGAAGAGGCCCCGGUCGGGUCGCGGUAAAGAGCAGGCAGCUGAGGCUGUGUGGGAGGGAAGGUGGCUUCCGGGGCCUGCACUGGAUGCAGGGAACCACUGGCAGCGGGGUGUGGGGUUCUGAGAAUUGCUAGUCUGAAGACUGCUCAAUGUGUCCGCGGUCUGGGGUACGUGAGAGCCUGACACUGUAAGAGAAGGGAUUUGGGGUCCCCCAACCUCUGGGACGAGCCGGAAAUUGCAGCCGAGCCAGUACCACCAACAACCAAGUCCUUAAACUCCGCCCCCACACCGGCUUCCCUUGUCUGCUGAGGUCUCCGCCAGCUCACGACCGAACUCCGAGCGCCCCCGCCAGGCACCA